AUGCCUGUGGAGGAGUUCGUGGCUGGCUGGGUCUCUGGAGCUCUGGGCUUGGUUCUGGGACACCCCUUUGAUACUGUGAAGGUGCGGCUGCAGACCCAGACCACGUACCGGGGCAUCAUUGAUUGCAUGGUGAAGAUUUACCGCCAUGAGUCGCUGCUGGGCUUCUUCAAGGGCAUGAGCUUUCCCAUCGCGAGCAUAGCCCUGGUCAACUCCGUGCUGUUUGGGGUCUACAGCAACUCCCUGCUGGCACUCACUGCAACCUCCCACCAGGAGCGGUGGGCCCAGCCGCCCAGCUACACACACGUCUUCAUAGCAGGCUGCACUGGGGGGUUCCUGCAGGCCUACUUCCUGGCCCCUUUUGAUCUCAUCAAAGUCCGGCUACAAAACCAGACAGAGCCGAGGGCCCAGCUGGGGGGCCCCCCACCCCGGUACCGGGGACCCAUGCACUGUGCAGCCUCCAUCUUCCAGAAGGAGGGGCCCCGGGGGCUGUUCCAAGGAGCCUGGGCCCUGACACUGAGGGACACCCCUACAAUGGGAAUCUACUUUGUCACCUAUGAAGUGCUGUGUCGCCAGUGUACACCAGAGGGCCAGAAUCCUAGCUCAGCCACAGUGCUUGUGGCAGGGGGCUUUGCCGGCAUCACGUCCUGGGUCGCAGCCACGCCCUUAGACGUGAUCAAGUCCCGGAUGCAGAUGGACGGGCUGAAGCGGAGGGCGUACCAGGGUGUGCUGGACUGCAUGGUGAGCAGCGUCCGGCAGGAAGGCCUGGGGGUCUUCUUCCGGGGCAUCACCAUCAACAGUGCCCGUGCCUUUCCUGUCAACGCUGUCACCUUCCUCAGCUACGAAUAUCUCCUACGCUGGUGGGGAUGAGCCUGGCCGUGCGAUGCCAGUAGCUCCCUGGCAGGCCCAGCGCCCGCCUGCCAGUUUGAGAUGGAGCUGAAAUCUCAACCAAUUUGGAAGCAUAGUUUGUAAUUCAAACGCAUGAGGCUCAGCUCUUCUGAAUCAAGGCACCUCCCAGCGGCCCAGACUGGGCUGUGGAGACACCAGGAAGCCAGUGGUGCUGGGCUCAGCCUCCGUGAAGUCGUGAAGCAGAGAGCAGGGCUCACGCAGCCUGGCCAGCGUGCUAAGCGCCGCAGUCCCCGCGCCUCCUGAAGAGCUCUGGAGGCUCUGCCGCUGGCACCAUCCCAGCCCUGCUGCCUCCACCUCCCCUUUCAAACCGUGCCCUUCUGCGACUCAGAAUCCUUUGGAGGCUCCCACCACGCUCAGGAAAAAGCCCAAACCCCUCCACCACCAGGGCCCUCCUGCCCACGAGGCUUUGCUAUCCCUUAGUGGCUUCCCGGACCCCGAACAAGCUGUGUUCUGUCAUCACCCUGGCCUGGAAGGCUUAUUCCCUCCUGACCAGCAGUGUGCAGUGCCUGGCUGACCCCAUUCUUCUCCAAGACCCAGGCUGAGCACUGUCCCCUGGAGUCCUUCCUCGGCUCCUCCCCCAAGCCCAGGCUGGCUUUGGGGUUCAGACACCUCGCUCACAUUCCUGGAUCAUGGUGCUGCCUGCGCUUCCUUGGAGUUGUUGGUUCGCUUCUCGACUUCCCCACCGGACCGUGGUGAGCUCCCCUAGGUGGGAGUUGUACUCCUGAGCGUUCCCCAGCACGUGUCCAAUAAAUGCUCGUUAAGUGAAGU